CAGACAGCGGCACGACACCUCCACAGUGCCGUAUACCUGUAUUCUGGUGUAGCUGGAGGGAAGGGGCGAGCGCUGGGGAUGCGACGGCGCCGUGUGCUUGGCGAGCAGCUCAAAACCUUCCGAAUAGGGAUCCAGCUUGAUUGGGCACUUGUUCGACUUACACCUCUUCUCUGCGGCCCUCACGUCCCCCCUUCUUGUAACGUGUCACAUCUGGUCGAUAAUUUGCUCUAGCACCCUCUACUGCGCUCUGCUGGUUGAUGAACACGCCAAGGACGAUGCGGAACGACGUAAACAGGC